CUGGCUGCGGGAGUCGAGCCGUCGCCGCCGCCGCCGCCGCCAGCGGACGGGGCGGGGAUCCCGGUGCCAGGUCCUCGUCAGCCCGCCCCUGCCUGCUCGCUCGGUCGUCCGGGGCUGGACCCCCCGUCAUGGAGCGGGGCGGGACCUCGGCCGGUGUCGUGUGAGGUGCGUCGCCGCCGCCGGGCCGCCUGCGCCUUUUGAGCCUCUCGAACCCCCGCCGCCGCCCGGAGCCCCCCGCCCUUGGCAGCCUGUCGCCGCCCCCCGGCGGCUCGAAUGCGCGUCGGGUGAAGGUGCAGGCCCGGCGCCUCCGCUGCCGCAGCCGGGAGAUGGUUUGGGCCUAGCGGAGCCGGGACUGGAGGGAAUCUAGAGCAACAGCAAAGCUGAGGUCAAACUGCCAUAAGGAUGGACACCAAGGAAGCUGUGUUUGGGACAAAAAGAAAUCAAGAUAAGAUUGUGUUCUCUUCAUAGCAACAUGAACCGUGAAGACCGGAAUGUGCUGCGUAUGAAAGAACGGGAAAGGCGGAAUCAGGAAAUUCAGCAGGGCGAAGACGCCUUCCCACCUAGCUCUCCUCUCUUUGCUGAGCCAUACAAAGUUACUAGCAAAGAAGAUAAGCUAUCAAGUCGUAUUCAGAGUAUGCUUGGAAACUACGAUGAAAUGAAGGAUUUCAUAGGAGACAGAUCUAUACCAAAGCUUGUUGCAAUUCCUAAGCCUACAGUACCACCGACAGCAGAUGAAAAAUCUAAUCCAAAUUUCUUUGAACAGAGACGUGGUAGCUCUCAUCAGAGUAGCAAAUGGACUCCAGUAGGACCUGCACCCGGUACUUCUCAGUCUCAGAAACGGUCCUCAGGCUUACAGAGUGGACACAGUAGCCAGCGGACCAGUGCAGGCAGCAGUAGUGGCACUAAUAGUAGUGGCCAGAGGCAUGACCGUGACUCAUAUAGUAGUAGUGGGAGCAGUAGCCGGAAAAAAGGCCAGCAUGGAUCAGAACACUCCAAAUCACGCUCUUCCAGCCCUGGAAAACCCCAGGCUGUUUCUUCGUUAAGCUCCAGUCAUUCCAGGUCUCAUGGGAAUGAUCACCAUAGCAAGGAACAUCAGCGUUCCAAAUCACCUCGGGACCCUGAUGCAAAUUGGGAUUCUCCUUCCCGUGUACCUUUUUCAAGUGGACAGCACUCAAAUCAGUCUUUCCCACCUUCAUUGAUGUCAAAGUCCAGUUCAAUGUUACAGAAACCCACUGCCUAUGUGCGGCCCAUGGAUGGACAGGAGUCCAUGGAACCAAAACUGUCCUCUGAGCACUACAGCAGCCAAUCCCAUGGUAACAGCAUGACUGAACUGAAGCCCAGCAGCAAAGCACAUCUCACCAAGUUGAAAAUACCUUCCCAACCAUUGGAUGCAUCUGCUUCUGGUGAUGUGAGCUGUGUGGAUGAAAUUCUUAAAGAGAUGACGCAUUCAUGGCCUCCCCCUCUAACGGCUAUUCAUACACCAUGCAAAACAGAACCUUCCAAAUUUCCUUUUCCAACUAAGGAGUCUCAGCAGUCCAAUUUUGGCCCUGGAGAACAAAAAAGAUAUAAUCCUUCUAAAACUUCAAAUGGACACCAGUCUAAAUCUAUGUUAAAAGAUGACUUAAAACUAAGCAGCAGUGAAGACAGUGAUGGGGAACAGGAUUGUGAUAAGACAAUGCCAAGGAGUACACCAGGAAGUAACUCUGAACCUUCACACCAUAAUAGUGAAGGAGCAGAUAACUCCAGGGAUGACUCUAGCAGCCACAGUGGAUCUGAAAGCAGCUCUGGCUCUGACUCAGAGAGUGAAAGUAGUUCCAGUGACAGUGAGGCAAAUGAGCCAUCGCAGAGUGCAUCUCCUGAGCCUGAACCACCACCAACAAACAAAUGGCAACUUGAUAAUUGGUUGAAUAAAGUGAACCCACAUAAAGUGUCACCAGCUUCUUCUGUGGAUAGUAACAUCCCAUCAUCUCAAGGCUAUAAAAAAGAAGGCCGAGAACAGGGCACUGGGAGUAACUACACUGAUCCAGGAGGACCUAAAGAAACAAGUUCUGCUACUCCUGGACGAGACUCCAAAACUGUUCAAAAGGGAUCAGAAAGUGGUCGUGGGAGGCAGAAGUCUCCUGCACAGAGUGACAGCACAACACAGAGGAGAACUGUAGGCAAAAAACAACCCAAAAAGGCUGAGAAGGCAGCUGCUGAAGAGCCCCGUGGAGGCCUGAAGAUAGAAAGUGAAACCCCCGUAGACAUGGCUACCAGCAUGCCCUCCAGCAGACACAAAGCAGCUACCAAAGGCUCAAGGAAACCCAAUAUAAAAAAAGAGUCCAAAUCUUCCCCUCGACCUUCAGCAGAGAAAAAGAAAUACAAGUCCACAAGUAAAUCUUCCCAGAAAUCAAGGGAAAUCAUAGAAACAGAUACCUCAUCCUCAGAUUCGGAUGAAAGCGAGAGCCUUCCUCCUUCUUCACAAACUCCUAAGUACCCUGAGAGUAAUAGGACUCCCGUUAAACCCUCCCCAGUGGAGGAAGAAGAUAGCUUUUUUCGGCAACGAAUGUUCUCUCCUAUGGAAGAGAAGGAACUUCUUUCACCCCUCAGUGAGCCUGAUGACAGGUAUCCACUUAUUGUGAAGAUUGACCUGAAUCUCUUGACUAGAAUACCAGGAAAGCCUUACAAAGAAACAGAGCCACCCAAGGGGGAAAAGAAAAAUGUGCCAGAAAAGCACACAAAAGAGGCUCAGAAACAAGCCUCAGAAAAAGUUUCCAACAAAGGCAAGAGGAAACAUAAGAAUGAAGACGAUAACCGAGCCAAUGAGAGCAAGAAACCCAAAACGGAGGACAAGAAUUCAGCAGGCCACAAGCCAUCGAGCAACAGAGAGUCAUCUAAGCAGAGUGCUGCAAAAGAAAAGGAUUUGUUGCCUUCUCCUGCUGGGCCUGUUCCUUCAAAAGAUCCCAAAACAGAGCAUGGCUCUCGGAAGAGGACUAUUAGUCAGUCUUCUUCCUUAAAGUCAAGUAAUAACAGCAACAAGGAGAAUAGUGGCAGCAGCAAAAACAGUUCCUCCACAUCAAAGCAGAAGAAGACUGAAGGGAAGACUUCCAGUAGUUCUAAGGAGGUCAAGGACAAGACUCCAAAUAGCUCUUCUAACUGUCCUCCAUCUACACCAACUCCUGAUGCUUCUAAGCCUCGGAGAACAAAGCUUGCCUUUGAUGACAGAAAUUAUUCAGCAGAUCAUUAUUUACAAGAAGCAAAAAAGCUAAAGCACAAUGCAGAUGCAUUGUCUGAUAGGUUUGAGAAAGCUGUAUACUAUCUUGAUGCUGUGGUAUCUUUCAUUGAAUGUGGGAAUGCAUUAGAGAAAAGUGCUCAGGAAUCCAAAUCCCCAUUCCCUAUGUAUUCAGAGACGGUGGAGCUCAUCAAAUACACUAUGAAGCUAAAGAAUUACUUAGCACCAGAUGCUACAGCUGCAGAUAAAAGACUCACAGUACUUUGCCUGCGAUGCCAGUCUUUGUUGUACCUGAGGCUAUUCAAACUGAAGAAGGAAAAUGCUCUGAAGUACUCAAAGACACUGACGGAGCACCUGAAAAAUUCUUACAAUAAUUCUCAAGCACCAUCACCUGGCUUGGGAAGCAAAGCUGUUGGGAUGCCUUCCCCUGUUUCUCCAAAGUUGUCACCAGGCAAUUCAGGAAAUUAUUCUUCUGGGGCCAGUAGUGCUUCAGCAAGUGGUUCUUCAGUGACCAUUCCACAGAAGAUCCACCAGAUGGCAGCCAUCUAUGUUCAGGUUACAUCCAACUUCCUCUAUGCCACCGAAAUUUGGGACCAAGCUGAACAGCUUUCCAAAGAGCAAAAAGAAUUCUUUGCUGAACUGGAUAAAGUAAUGGGCCCUCUCAUCUUUAACGCAAGCAUCAUGACAGACCUAGUUCGUUAUACCCGGCAGGGACUGCACUGGCUUCGCCAAGAUACCAAGUUGAUAUCUUGAACUGAACACAUUCUCGUUGCCUCUGAUUUUCUCCACAACACUGUGUCACAUCACGAAGGAAGACUGCCAUAACGCACCACCUUGUUGACACUAAGAAUGAGGAAUGGUUUUCUCCUCCCUAGUUCAUGUGUUGUUGUUUUUUAUAACCCACAGCCAUCAUGUCACUUGACUCCUUCAAUAUUCCCAACAUGAAAAAUUAUUUAAAUGCUUUUAAAUCUGCAGCACACUGAUAAGAUGGUUUCAGUGAUCUGUAAUAAGAUUGAAAUUCCAGAUGCAAUUCAUAACUAAUCAAUUGAAAUUCUAUUUAUUUCAAGUUUUUUAAGUUCCCAGAUUGGGGCUAGUUUAAAUUUUAGUUAUUUCUGCCUAUAAAUUUACUCUGUUGAAUAUUUAGCAUAAAUUUAAUGUAGGCAUUUUUAUUUAUAUGCUUUGGGAGCUUUGUUACCUAAUAAUGUCUUUUUGUGGUAGCUCUUCUGAGAGUAAGAGUUGGUUCAUCUAAAAUAUGCACAUGUUCUUUCUACAUCUACUACCUGAUAUUAUUUCAAAUCUUAACUACAAUUUUAUUAUUUCAGAAUUUAUACUAAGUAUUAAGGAUAUUCUUCUACACAUGAAAAAUCACUUAAAUGUGAGAAGAUGGCAUUCUAUGUGGAUGUUAAAUGAAAUGUGUCUGAUUUGGUAUGCAUUAUUUCAAGAACUGUGAAUGUGUGUUAAUAACACUAUAGCAAUCACAAGGUGACUAUAACUUGCAUUUAAUGCAUUACAAAAGGGAGCAGGCAAACUGUCUAGGAGAAGCAUAUCAUGUGAAGGGUUUCAUACAAGGACAAUCUUAAACUUUAUGGAUUUUAUUAAAACCAUAUUUUUUUUGUUGCUAAUAUUAAUUUGACACUUAAUUGAAAACAGAGUAAGUUACAGUUGAACAAAGGAUGCUCCAACUCCUGAGGGUUGCUGCCUCUAUCUCUCAUUGAUGAUGUUUGAAGGGUAAAAUCUCUCUUCAGAAUUCUUAUUUUAAAAAUGUUUUUUCCACACUAGGUUGUGAUGUUCUGACAGGAGCAUGCAGGGAUUGAUGUAGGAAUGGGCUGGAGCUUUGGUGUGUGUGCUUUUGCUAUACAACUUACAGUUCUAAUGCCUGAUGUAGAGAUGAUGGAUUUCUCCUUUUAAACUUAUCUUGUAUUUACUCCUCUUGUAUUAUGAAGGCCCUCAUCAAUGAUGUAUGUUUCUGAUGGGAUCAGAAAAUUCACACUAGGAAAGUACCUAACUUGGUUCAGUGUGAGCUCUCUUUGGAAGGUAGAGUAGAGCUUAAGAAGCCAGCUCUUUAAGAGUUGUAUAUCAAAGUACCUUUCCCUGUAAGGUGCAUAUAGGAGUCAAAGGUGAGAAAUUUACCCUCUAUCUUUUGUUUUUAGUGCCCCUAUCAUGUCUGGUGUGCCUUAAAUCUUACCUUUAAAUGAAGACUCUAUUGAUUGUUUACAGAUAAAGUUUUACACUAGGACCAGAUCGUCCAUACGGUUGGUCUUCUAAAGUAAUAAUGUUAAAUUCUCUUUUCUUUUAAAUCUUCUUUUAGGGUCACAUAAGAUUAAUUCUUUCAGAAAAGCUAAUGCUUUGGUACAUGACUUAGUCUAACUUAUUGGGUAAUGCUGCUUCAAAAAAUAGUUUGUCCUUCUCCCCAUUCCCAAAAUGAAUGCAUUCAGUCAGAAAAAAGAAUUGCCCUGCUAUUUAUAGAUGAUUUCUAAGGCUUGAAAUGGGAAAAAAGGGAUGGAAAAUCUCCAAGCCCAAUGGUGCAGUGAAUCCUCUGUGUUUGAGUUUCUUUUACCCUUAUUAUUGAAGCUAGUCAACUUUCAUUGUCCUGUGGCCUCAAAUUCAGAGUUUUUUAACUGUUUUAUACCUCAAGUUGUUUUUCCAUAUGAUUGAAGAUUGAAAUCUACAAAUUAUGUUAAAUUUAACCUUUUUCCCUUGGAGAAAUUGCCUCUGAUAUCUUGCUAACUUAAUCUUAGUGUGUUUUAGGAACAGUUUUCCUUAAGAGGACAACUUCUCAGUGAUCAUGGUAGUUAUUCAGUAAGAAACUUGCCACUGUUAAUCACGUAGAUGUAUGUCCUGUCCUUCUCUGCUUUCUCUGAUUCUGAUUCCUUAAUUUGCAGUCAUGUCUUAGAAAUGGAAAAAGUAUCCUCUGAGCUUUUAGACUUCCAGCAACAGCAGCCAGUGGGGCACCUUUGAGUUCCAGUGUGUUCUAGUCUUUCUUGUGUCCUCAAAGGCAGCAGAAGCGUUUCUGGGGUCACACUGAUAUUGUGUUAAAGCAGAGUUUUCUGCAUGUUUUAUGGUGCUGCUCUAAGAUUCUCUCUCUCUAAAACUGUGUUAAUUGUUGGAGAAUGAAUUUUUCAAGCUUUUCAUUGUGGAGGGUUUUUCCCACUAGGUGGUAAUGGGCAAUGGAUCAAAAUCCUAUCCUUGGGGGCCGGCCCGUGGCUUAGCGGUUAAGUGCGCGCGCUCCGCUGCUGGCGGCCUGGGUUCAGAUCCUGAGCGCGCACCGACGCACCGCUUCCCGGGCCAUGCUGAGGCCGCGUCCCCCAUACAGCAACUAGAAGGAUGUGCAGCUAUGACAUACAACUAUCUACUGGGGCUUUGGAGGGAAAAAAAAAAUCCUAUCCUAAAUAAUUGAAUUUUCAAUGUAAUAGUCUGUGGAAACAUCACUCCCUCUCCCCUGUGUCCGUCUCCUCAGAAGUUCUAUCUGUGUCUUCAUCUGCUCCAGCACAUGUUUUGGACUCCUUUAAAGGUGACCAUUCCUCCUUCCUCAAUAGGUGUCUUCAGUGUUUGUUAACCAUUUAAAACUAAAUUUGACAAGUGGCUAAAAACUUACUUAGUCUAAGACUUGUACUUAAUAUAUAGAAAUUAUAGAUAUAGCAACUAUUUAAAAAAUUACUCUGUUGACUGCUCUUUAAAACCACACUUGUAUGCCAGGAGGCAGCAGGCUACACCAUUGGACUCUACAGGCAACCAACCAACAGAUGUGGUGGAUGAAGUUGUCACAUGGUAGUCUUGCCCAGCCUGGGCUGGGCUAUGGGGAGCACUCCCUUCCAAGUGAUUCAAGCUUCCAUAAUCUAGCCCAGGUCCAGUCUGGCUGGGGAGCAUUCAGCCCAUGUCUUGCCUCAGUGCCACCUUUUUCUGGGCAAGUAGACAAGAACUGACUUUGUAAGCAAUGAGUACUUCAGAUAAAUUUACAGUUGUAGUUGCUGAAGAGUGGAGAACGUUGACCAUCACUAAUUUAAUUCUCCAAUGUAAAAGCAAUCUAGAGUAAUGUGUGCAUGUGCCCACACAUGCCUGUGCUCUGGGGAGCUCUCACAUUGAUGGAUCCAUAGGCAUCUGGGCUGCACUUUGAAUGACACACUUGUGGCUUUAUUAGAUUCACUGUUGUUGUUUUUUUAAUUGUUGUUUGUUUCUUUUCAUUAAAGAAAGGUUUAAUCAGCUAGAUCAGACAGCAUCAUUUUGUAUUUAAUGACAGAAACUUUGGGAAAUUACCCUUAUUGAUUGAGCUUGCAUUGUGAAGCAAGCGCCUACAAAAGACACCUGUUCUAAGUGAAAGUUGUGGCUCUGGAGGCCAGCAGCACUCUGUGGAGUUUCAGAGCAGCCCAUGGUCGCUCCAGUCAGUGAUGCCUAGUUGUGUAGAGGAGAGGUGCUCUGUGCACGCUUCUAGGUGUGAGGGUAUGCAACUUUGGAUUUUAAAAUUAUGUACACAUACACACUUUAUAUAUAUGUAUGUAUGUAUGAAAACAUGAAAUUAGUUUUCAAAAAUGUGUGUGUUUAGUAUUUUAGCUUAGUGCAACUAUUUCCACAUUAUUUAUUAAAUUGAUCUAAGACACUUUCUUGUUGACACCUUGAAUAUUAAUGUUCAAGGGUGCAAUGUGUAUUCCUUUUAGAUUGUUAAAGCUUAAUUACUAUAAUUUGUAGUAAAUUAACUUUUAAAAUAUAUUUGAGCCCUUCUGUAAUAUAAUAGGGCUCUUUCAGGGUGGGAACGAUUUUAAUUUUCCAGUUGCUAAUUGAAUAAAAUGGCCUCAUUAUGUAUUUUGAAUUAUAGGAGUUUGCCUCUGGGCCCCAGGAACAUCUACUGGGAAUGACUCUUUUAGGCAGAUUAUGAUAAUUUUUUUUUAAACCUAAGUAAAUUGGGAAGCAGAGCAUUUCAAAUCCAUAUAGACUCCUAUAACUCAUAUUCCCUAAUUAUGCGAAACAGAUUUCGUUUUAAUUUCAUGUAUCAAUGUGUUGGAGAGGCAGACUUUUUUCCAAUAAUAAAUAAUAUUGCGUAUCUAAGGUUGCUAUUCGGUAAAAUAAAUAGAAGUGAUAAGUAUUGAAUGACUUGGCAUAUGUAGUGACAAGAGGCCAAAUUUUUGUGAGCAAAAUUUCACAUACUCACUAAUGGAGAAAUUCAGUUUAGACCCCUAGACCCUAGAACCAAGCUGGCAGGUGACAAGAAAUACGUUAUUAAUAGGUGGUAAAGCAGAUGCUGAUUCUGUUCAAUUGAACCCUAUGAUUAAUUAAAAAGAACUUACCAUCUCCAGAAAAGCAAAGGGAAAGAAUAUGUAAAUCUCUUCUCUUUGAUGGAAUUUGGUCACAGAAUAAAGCAUUAGGGUUACUUCUAAACCAAGUCUUAUAGAUCUUGAAGCAUCCUAAAAUAGCAGCCUCUAAGUAAUCAUCAUGUGAUAAAGUUGACUUUCAGGAAUGUCAGUAUUGACCUCUCCUUGCCGCCUUUGCUCAGCUAAGCAUAAAUUGCCGUUCUAAAAAGAAACAAACAAAAAAACUCUCUAAAUGAGCAUGGAAAAAAAGCUCCCACCCAGAAAUUCUAGUAAUACUCAGUUUUGAUCUCUUACUGCUUCCAUGUGGGAUUUCUUUUAAGCUUUUAACCACUGGAAUUUUCUACCUGCUAUAUUCCUCUUUGGAAAAUAUCUAUUUGGAAAUGCUGCCUUUCAAAUCAAUGCCAUGAUUAUCCAUACUGUUGAGUUUGUUGUUGCUGUUCAAGAAGUGUCCCCAUUUUACAACUUUAUGCACACACCUGGCACAUCACUGACAUGAGCAUUCAACAGUACUGGGGUUGGGGCGGGGUGGGGCUCACCAACAGAGCUGGCCCAAUUGGCAGUGCCUGAAAAGGCACCACCUUGAGGACCAGAUGUGGGGUUGGUAAGCACAGUUAGGAAAAUUUCUAUCUAGCCUCCGUUUUGAAUGGUUUUAAGAAAUUUUGUAUAUGGAGGAUGGAAAUGCUUAUAUAUUUAUUGAAAAUCCUUUUAUCUUAUUUGAAAUUAAAAUUAUUUGGUGAAUAAUGGUUUCAUAUUUGGGGAGGGUUUUGGAGGGGAGGUAAGGCCGCUGAUCAGUUAAAAGCCUUGUUGAUUCUACAGAAAGGUACUGUUAGUGUCUGAUAGGAUGCCUUUGUUUUGUACAUGAUCCAGAUCUUUGUUUUGCAUUUCUUUUAUCCAAAAUAUUUAGGCAUCUGACAUUUUCAACCAAAAUUUCAAUUAUAUACUGUGAUUUUUAUUUGUUGCAAUACAUUAAAAUUUCAGAGGUACUUUGGGGCUCAAAAGCUGGGAUUUCUAAGUCAGUAUGUGCAUUUCACAUAAUAAAGCUGUUAAUGGUGAGCAAAGUAUUAUAUACUAACUAGAUUUUUCCACAUCUGUAUAGUAUAUUAUAUGUAUUUUGUGGUAUUGAGAUUAUAGAAAGUUUAGAGUGUCAAACAUGCGUUUAAUGUGUAUUUUUAAACAAAUUUAUGGCAAUUAAAAUAUUUGGAGACAAGGGUAUCACAUUUCAAUUUGUAAAGAUCUUUUUAACUCUACUGUGUCAUUAAGAUGCUUUGUAUAAUGCCAAACCAUAGCUGGAGAAACUAAGUUUAAUAAAUAUCAAAUAGAU